CUCAAAAUGGAGUCUGUGAAGAAGAAGAAGAAGCUGAAGAACAUCUGCUGGGAAUGGUACCGCCUAGAGGAUGGACAGACCCGGCCAGCAGUAGUGUACAACGACACCCAAAGGAAAACAACUGACAUUAAAGCGGUUGCAGAUAUGAAGGACCAUGUGCGCUAUUACUACUUCGUACACUUGAGACUGAGCAAGAAAAAACCUCACACCGUCUUCAGCUGCCCGACGUACAAGACACAGUCCACUCCACAGGUGAUGCCAGGGAACCUGACGGUGGUGAAUGUGAGCUCCACCUCUCUACAGGUGUGUUGGCAGCCCAUUCCUGUGAGACAGCAGAGGGGCUUCCUCACACACUACCUGCUCUGCCUGUCUGGAGACUGUGAGAACAUUACCGAAAACCAGACGUGUAAAACCUUCCAACACCUCUCUCCUGCCACUGAGUACAGUAUCUCAGUUGCCGGGGCAACGGUUCAGGGCCUUGGACCUCCCGCUACGGAGACGAUCUGGACAUCCGAAGACCCAACAACAACAACGACGGGCACAGUGAAGAAGUGGAUCAUCAUCAUGGUGUGUCUGUUCUGCUUGUGUCUCAUGGCUGCCUGUCCACUUCUGUGUAUGAGAUUGAGAAAGAAGCUGCCGGCUGUCCCAAAGCCUGUCAUUGUGUCCGUGAAAUACACCCCAACCAGUCAGGAAGUGCCCGCGCCCAAAGAGGAAGUGCAUGUGGCCACCCUGGAGUCUAUGCAGAAUACCCCCGAAGUACUGCGACUAAAACUCGAGGAGGGACGACUGCUGCUGAAGGAGGAUGGAGAUGACGGAGGAGAAGAGCCAGAGGAAGAGAGGGGGGAGGAUGAGGAGGAAGAAGAGAGGGGAAUGGGGAUGGAUGAAGAGCAGGACGAGAGGAUGAUGGAGAUGAACGGGUGCGACUGCAUUUCCCUGAAUCCUAACUACAAGCGUCAGACACUCAGGAUUCAGGAGCUCACAGAUGAGACGACGGAGGGAUCGGAGAGUGACGCUGCGUCACCGGUCUACAAGAAUGGGCUCUUCUUUGACGUUAAGGUGGAGCUGUGCGAAAAUGUGGGAACAUCUUUGUAGGAUUAUAUGUGAGAACAUGGGACACAUCUCAGUAGAACCAUCUCUGUAGCCAUGGAAACAUCUCUGUAGGAACAUCUCUGUAGCCAUGGGGACUGUCUCUGUAUCUCUGUAGCCAUGGAGACAUCUUUGGAUGCAUGGUAACAUCUCCAUAGGCAUGGGCAGGGGCGCUGACAGCUUUGCCUCCCACCCCCAUUCAUACAUACUGUACAAUGUAAUGAGAACCUCUUUCGGGACCCGCCCUCUCCCUGGGUCAGAGACAAACGAGUCCUUUGUCCCCCACUGGCAGUUUACCUGUAGACAUAGGACACCUCUCUGGUGAAGCCGGUUUCACUAAGAUAGACUAUGACUAUAACAUAGACAGUACUGUACCACUGAGAAUAAUGUGAAUGUGCCAAAGUUGAAACUGUGAAUGAUGGUGAGUGCAAAAGCCAUGCACCUUAAGGGGACUUUGCAGAGAUCGCAAGACAACUUAUCCAAAGCGGUUUAGUCCAGUCCAGACUACCAAUCUGGAUUCGCAUCAACUGUCUACACACCCUUAUGAGUGUGUCAACACAGAUCUAUUAUUAUCCAGCGAUGUCAUCCUACUCUGACACUCCUGUCCUGUUCCAGCACAGACAUUGUGGUUGGCUUCUUGACACUGGUUAAAAGGUGUUAACAGCAGUUUCAUUGUGGUAUGCCUAGAUGACUGAAAAAAAAACUCUUUUUAUAUUGUUUUUAUAUUGUUAUUUUCUUUAUUUUAAAUAAAAAUGUUUCACUGGCUGUUACCCUUUGUAAAGAUAUCAUUACAAUGAGCAACAUCAGCAACAAGUGCUGUUGUCAUGCCAAAUAAUGUAUUAACUUGGCUCAACAGUGUGAGAGAGUGGUCUCCACAGUGGGUAUAUAAGCUCAGAGGCUCCAUUUGUGGAUGGAAAUAUUGCCAUUUCUUAAAUAAAGUAUAUUUCUUGUAGCCAGGGCCGGCCCUUGUCGAUUUGCUGCCCUAGGCGAGUGUUUAAUUUAGCGCCCCCUACGCGCUAAAAUUUUGCAGUUUGUUGAGAUUUAACUUCUUAAACAGUGCAGGGGGUGGCAAAUGAUGCAUUGGUUAUUUAUUUUAAUGUUGAUUUACUUUCAUUGUGUUCAUUGUGAUGAUGUAUUAUAUUUUUAAGAUUAGAUUAGAUUAGAUUUGUUAGAUUUUUUUUUAUCCUUGAUUCUCUGCUGCGGCGCCCCCUACUUGAGUGGCACCCUUAGCAUUUGCCUAUACUGCCUAUGCCAAGGGCCGGCCCUGCUUGGAGCUCAUACCCAGAGUACAGACCACUCUGUCACACUAUCUACUAUGACUAUUGUCUGGCUCCUGGGGCCUCAUUUAUCAUCAGUUCGUAG